UCUUCACUUCUCUUCCAACUUUGUUCAGGACACGCCCCGCUAAACAAGCACCUACACUGUAUUGCAAAAGUACCCAGCCCCAAAUGUCAGCAAUGUGGCGAGCGCGAGGAAACGGUCCACCAUUUCAUAAUCACCUGCCCAAAGUACACAACACAAUGCCUCGCACUCCAACUCGAACUCGGCUCACAGACCACUCUCCUCAAGAACCUGCUGAACAAUUCAAAGUGCAUCAAACCUCUACUGCGCUUCAUAGCGAGCACGCACAGAAUGGAACAGACCUUCGGU